AGCACCGACGAGGUACGUCAGGUAUCCCUAUAACACCAACGAAAUUCCAAGUGGUUUGCCACGUAUAAGAAUAACUUUUCAUAUCGACGGGUUUUCAUCUGUUUUAAAAUGGGUAACUACCCCGUAAUCCAAAAGGCGGGAAAUUAGUGAGAAUACCGUCCAACCAGCAACUGUAUUACCUCAGUACUAGUCAUCUUCUUCUACUCACUUCCCUCUUCCCACAACCAUGAACACUCCCCUAAUUCUUCCAAAUUAUCUCACUUCAUCUUCCCCAAUUUUCAAUUUUCCAAACCCUAAACCUAAUCUCUCUCCUAAACUUCCUUCACUUUCCUUUAAUUUCCACCUCUUCCGCUCUCUUCUCCUCCAUCAAAACCCCUUCCUCAAGGUAUUCCUCUUUUUUCUCUCUCAUUUUCCUCUUUUUUCUUUCUUAAUUUUGUCUUCCUUUUGAGUUUUCAGAUGAAUCGGGCAAUCAAUUUGAAUAACUCAGUUAACGCGUUGGAAGAUGAAUUUUGUGGUGAUGAUUUGGUAGUUGAAGCGUCUCUUACUAGAAUUCUUCCACCUGCUUUGACAUUGGAGCAUGGUGUUGCUGCAUUGAAGGAUGCGCUUCAGGAAUUUAAGCUUAUCUCCGAAUUCUGCUUGUGGUCAAAUUAGAUUUCAGGUAGCUGUGCCCCCAAGUGCGAAUGCUUUGGACUGGUUCUGUUGUCAGCCUGAGGCAUCGGUAGUGUUUCCUCAGUUUUACAUGUCCAAGCAAUCAAAGAUUCCAACUCGUGAGUCAGCUUUCUUUAACAAGACUCGUGGGGUUUUUGGAAUUGGAGCUGCGGUUUCUUUUAGACAGUCAUCUUCUAGAUCUGAUGAGUGGAACUCAUUUAGAAGGUAAAGUUCAAAUAU